GCCAGUUAGAUGUCUGAGAGUCCGAGAGAUGAGCGAGGCAAGCAGACAGGGAGUGAACAGCUCCAAGUGUUGCACAGCAGAUAUGAGAAUGAUUCAUGUGUAAGAGGCAGAGCCCAGCGCAGAGCAGGCAGCCUUGCGGACCAGUAGUCAGACCCAGGAUCAGCCCGGCUGUCUCAGAGCUGGACACCCUCUCCCCGCAACGUCCCUCGCCUCCACUGCGUGCCCCCCUCAGCGAUAUGUACCCCGAAGAGAGCCGGGGGUCUGGAGGGGUAGCCACUGUGGACUUCCUGGAAGGGACGUACAACUAUGCUGCCCCCACCCCUGCCCCGACUCCUCUUUACAGCCACACCACUCCUGGCUACUACUCAGCUCCUCUGGACGCACACGGACCACCCUCAGAUGGCAGCCUUCAGUCUCUGGGCAGCGGACCCACCAGUCCUCUUGUGUUUGUGCCCUCCAGCCCCCGGCUCAGCCCCUUUAUGCACCCACCCAGCCAGCACUAUCUGGAAACCACCUCGACACCCGUCUACAGGUCCAGUGUCACAUCCAGCCAACAGCCAGUGUCCAGAGAGGACCAGUGUGGUACCAGUGACGACUCCUACAGCGUGGGGGAGUCAGGGACUGGAGCCGGGGCCAGCGGGUUUGAGAUGGCCAAAGAGAUGCGUUUCUGUGCUGUAUGCAGUGACUACGCCUCUGGGUACCACUAUGGGGUGUGGUCCUGUGAGGGCUGCAAGGCCUUCUUCAAGAGGAGCAUCCAGGGUCACAAUGACUACAUGUGCCCAGCAACCAAUCAGUGCACCAUUGACAGGAAUCGGAGAAAGAGCUGCCAGGCUUGCCGUCUACGGAAGUGUUACGAAGUGGGCAUGGUGAAAGGAGGUAUGCGCAAGGACCGCGGGCGUGUUCUGCGGCGUGACAAACGACGGACUGGGCCCAGUGACAGAGUCAAGGCUUCUAAGGACCUGGAGCAAAGAACAGUGCCCCCUCAGGACAGAAGGAAACACAGCAGCAGCAGCAGCAGCAGCAGUGCUGGUGGUGGUGCUGCGGGAGGAAAAUCAUCAAUGAUUGGCAUGCCUCCUGACCAGGUGCUCCUCCUGCUCCAGGGUGCCGAGCCGCCGGCGCUGUGCUCCCGUCAGAAAAUGAGCCGACCCUACACCGAGGUCACCAUGAUGACCCUGCUAACCAGCAUGGCCGACAAGGAACUGGUCCACAUGAUCGCCUGGGCCAAGAAGCUUCCAGGUUUCCUGCAGCUGUCUCUCCACGACCAGGUGCAACUGCUGGAGAGCUCAUGGCUGGAGGUGCUGAUGAUCGGACUCAUCUGGAGGUCCAUUCACUGCCCUGGCAAACUCAUCUUUGCACCGGACCUCAUACUGGACAGGAGCGAAGGCGACUGUGUCGAAGGCAUGGCCGAGAUCUUCGAUAUGCUACUGGCCACCACUGCUCGCUUCCGCAUGCUCAAACUCAAACCUGAGGAGUUUGUCUGCCUUAAAGCUAUCAUCUUGCUCAACUCUGGUGCCUUCUCUUUCUGCACCGGCACGAUGGAGCCCCUGCAUGACGGCCCGGCGGUGCAGAACAUGCUUGACACUAUCACUGAUGCUCUCAUACAUCACAUCAGCCAAUCGGGAUGCUCGGCUCAGCAGCAGUCGAGGCGGCAGGCGCAGCUGCUCCUCCUGCUCUCGCACAUCAGGCACAUGAGCAAUAAAGGCAUGGAGCACCUCUACAGCAUGAAGUGCAAGAACAAAGUGCCUCUGUACGACCUGCUGCUAGAGAUGCUGGACGCUCACCACAUCCACCGGCCAGACAGACCAGUUAAGUCCUGGUCCCAGGCCGACAGAGAGCCUCCAUUCACCAGCAGAAACAACAGCAGCAGCAGCAGCAGUGGCGGAGGCUCCUCUUCAGCUGGUUCCAGUUCAGGACCACGACUCGGCCACGAGAGCCUGAGCAGAGUCCCCGCAGGUCCAGGUGUCCUGCAGUACGGAGGCCCCGCUCUGACUGCACCCACAUCCUAUGAGAUGGAGCACAACAGGCAGCAUCUGAAGGUCAAAAGUCACUUUUAUGGAUGAUGUGUUUGGUGCAGAAUGAAAGAUGAAGGUUGUGUUUGAAUUCAUUUCAGUUAUUUCUAAAUUAAGUGAUUUUGCAGUUGUAGCUGUUAGGGAGACAUUUCACCUUGGCACUACUUCGGUUCACUACAAUAUGAGCUUCAGUGCGGUAAUUCUUCUUCGCUGCCUUUCGUAUUAUCUGUGAUUUUGAGUCCAUCUCUAACAGCUUUACAGUCCACUUUCUUAUUUUCAGGCGUUAGGUCAUAACGUGGCACUCUGUGAGUUCUGGUGAUCUGAAAUGACGAGCAGCUAAUUUUCCUUUGCUUUGACCAAAGUGCACUUCCUCUUGGGUUUAAGGGGGCUGUUGGGCAUUAUUUUUACUUCUGCGUAUUAAUGAUUAUUAUACACUAAACUAUGAUAAAACUGGUUAAAAUUAAUGUGUAAUUUAUUUUGUCUUUAAACACCAGUAUCGUCAAGGACUAAACCUGUCAGGUAUUGUGUCUUAUGCACGCAUGCAACUUUUAAGUAUUUUGGGAAAACGUCAUGUCGUUGGUGAAAUUAUGAAUGUGUGUGUGCGUGAGAGAGAGAGAGACUGAGAGAAAUCUGUGGCAAUGAGCUUUGUGGCUCCAAGCUGAUUUGAUGCAUAGAUUUUUGUCUUGAUGCAGCUGUUAAACUAUGUCUGUCAAAGCUACAACUGCUUAGUUUUCAUCUGCCCGUUCAGUGAUCACAUGUUGAUUUUGGCUGGAUUUACACAACUCCAAAAAGCUAAUUAUCAUAAUGUAUGAGCACAGAGGCAAUUGUUUUUAUUUCUGGUUAAAUGCACCAAAUUUUAAUCAGAUUGGUAGGAAGACAUCUGCUCUGGACACUGUGUAUACACACUGCGAAGUGCAGUGGUUUGGUUUAUGAAAUUCCUGAAAGUAGUGGAAAAACGUCCCCAGAGUUCAACAAUCUAAAUGAAACGUUUUUAGCUAAUAAUCACAAUUAAGUAAAAAAAAAAAAAAUCCUGAAGGUGUGUUCAGGCAAAAAAGUAGAUUUUCAUCAUAAUUUGCCUACCUCUUCCUCUUUGGAGACAUAUGAAAUAUUUCUUAUAUACACAAUUUAACUGAAUUGAUGCAUAAAAUAAGAAUAAGAAAAAAAAGAGAAAGUGUCCACAUGCCUCAGGUCUAGAUGGUUAAACCAUUGUUGCCUCUGUGAUGAGAGGACACUGCUUUCAAAUGAAGUCACUUGUUUGUGUGAGGACAUUUUUAGUGCAAAAACAGAUUUGUGAUAUAAAAUGACACUAACAACUGUUCUGCGUGGGGUUUUGGUGACUCAGUUCAAUGUCAAGGC